AUGGCGUCCCACUCCACGGAGAGGUCAUCCACCCGCAGGUUCUGGUGGGAUGUGGAUGCGUCCAGGCGGAACAUGAACGCUGGGCAUACCCUCUUUGACUUCUUCCAGCAGGGAGAAAAGAGACUGGAAUUCCGUCACCAGGUCCUCCUGGACCUUGGUCGAGUUCGCCUUGGGGAGAAGUUUGGGGAUCAGGCAGGCCAGGAGUGCAGCGAGAACCCAGGGUCCGGAAUCAUCCACUUGGUGGCCACUUGCGUCGCCGUGACGCUGGACCUAGGUGAGGGGCGAGCCUGGCGCAGGGCCAACCCGGAGCUGGGGUGCGAGCGGAGGGAAGGGAUUUGCAGGCAGCGAGAGAAAAUUGAAGCCCUGCGCAGUGCCACUGGCCUGAGCAUAUACCAGGAGCCAGUGGUGCAGAAGGCAGCACCUGGAAGUAGUGUGACAUUCACUUGCCAGGUGGCUGAUGCCCAGAAUGCCGAAAAACUCUGGGUCGCCUGGAACAAGGACCAGGUCCUCCUGUGCCAGGCCCGGGUCAACUACAGCAGCAUCAGCCAAGGGACCUGUGGGCCCCAGAGCCAGUUCUCCUGGAAGCCGCCUGGCGUGUUCAGCCUGCAGCUGAGCCCCGUGAGCAGGAAUGACAGUGGCCACUACACAUGCUGCUUCACCCUGGAGAUCCCCAGCUUGAAGGAGGUCUCGGGCAAUGGGACGCAGCUCGAGGUGGAGGAGACGGACAACGAGGACGCUGACCUCCGGCAGAUGGACAGCUUUCCAGGACUCUACUCCGUGCUGCUGGUGGUGGGGAUGGUGGCUGUGACCCUGGUCAUCCUGGGAAUCGCCGCCUACAUCUGGCGCCGCUGCUUUUGCCGCCACCGCCACUCUGGGAACCCACCCGAGAAUCCCCUCUACAGCAAUGUUCCCUACCGUCCCCGGCACACGCCAAAGAAGACUGCAAACUGGCCUGUGGAAGGGAAGGUUCUGGAAGGCCACCAAGAUCAGAAGGACCAGAGCUUCUAUGACACGGCUCUACCCAGAUUUCCCGAUCCCCAGCAGCGACCACUUCCCAAAGCUUGCCUCAGCCCCAAGCCCAAAAUCAAGCAUCCGGUUUCUGGAGCAGGAGCCACCCCUGGCAAGUCGGACCCAAGAGGGCACCUUGAAGCGGACAGAGGAGUUAGAAUGGCCCGCGAGCGGGCGAGGACACCGCCCCCUAGUGGCUGCGGGGAGAUGUGACUGAUUCCAAAAGGGGUUGGGCUGGGGUGAGAGCGUCAGGACAGCGGGGAGGGCACUUGCUCUGCAGGCAGCUGACCUGGGAUCCCCGACAUCCCAUAGGGUCCCUGGAACACCGCCGGGAGAGAUCCCUGAGCGAAGUGCCAGGAAUAAGCCCUGAGCAAUGCCGGGUGUAGAUCAAAAAUUAACAGAAAAUCAAAAAAUAAACCAAAAAAACGGGGGGGGGUUAUGCAUUUCAGGGUCCAGCAGAGGGCACCCCAUCCUCACUCCAGACACUGGGGCCUCUCCCUGGCCCCCAGGGCCCUCAAUAAAGGUCAUGGAAGGUGGGAGGAAAAACAAAAGCCAUAGUUGGUGGUGAUUUGGGUGUGCUAAAAUGAUUUGUUCAUCUGGGGCACCCACCCCUGGUGUCCUCAGAGGUGGAUGGAGAGAUUCACAGAGGGGAGUACCCCAUACCCUCAGGAGACAGAUGCCCCCAGCUUCCAAACAGCGCCCAGGGCAGAAGCACCGCAUUCCCCAGCUGGCAUCUCCCCAGCUUUGGAGAUGUGGGGUACCAGGGUGUCGGAGGGUGGAGGGAGAUGGAAGGGGAAACUCCAGGCUCCCUGACAUUGAUCAAACCCAGGGUCUCCUACCAGUCUGUCACCUUCAAGUGACAGCCGCGAGCCCUCGCCUCUCCCUCGUGAUGCGGUUUCCAUGGGGACAGAUGUCCUUUCUGCAGCAGACCUGUGGCUGUUGCUCGCUGCAAGGGGGCGAAGGGGUGGAGCGAGGGCGGGGCCGCGCCGGCCGCUCACUUUCUCCUUGUUUGCAUCCGUGGGUCCGCAGCCACCAGAGCUGGGCCGUCUCGGCCGGGCACCCGCUCCCGGCCCUUGGGAGUUUGGAGCGCUGCGCUGUUGGGGAAUCAUUCAAUCUCCCAGUUGGGUUCCGGCUCCCCGAGCGCUGCAGGAGCUGCUGGCGCCCUGCCCC